AAGAAAGUCAGCCUUAACAUCUUAACGCAGUUAGUUGGUAUUGUUGGAAAUUCUAACGGUCGUGUCUAGAUUUUUCAAAUUUUUUUCUUCCGUUCUUCGAUUUUUGUGCGCAUAUUGCUAAUUUUUGUCUCGUUUGUUUUUACCCUCAUGGCUUCAGUUUCGUUUGAAAACUUGGCACCUCAAGUCAGUCGCCAAAUUUGCAAGGAACUGCAGCAACUCAUCAGCGAUCCUCCCGAAGGCAUUAAAGUUAUUCUCAAUGAAGAAGAUAUCUCAGACAUUCAGGCUGUUAUAGAUGGACCUGCUGGUACACCCUACGCGUGUGGACACUUUAGGGUAAAAUUAGUGCUGGGGAAAGAUUUUCCAUCAGGACCCCCAAAAGGCUUCUUUUUAACCAAAAUAUUUCACCCAAAUGUCUCGCAACAAGGUGAGAUUUGUGUCAACACCUUGAAAAAAGAUUGGAAACCUGACCUGGGAAUAAAACACAUAUUUUUGACUAUUAAAUGUUUGCUGAUCGUCCCAAACCCAGAGUCAGCUCUAAAUGAGGAAGCUGGCAAGCUACUAUUGGAACACUAUGAAGAUUACUUUCAAAGAGCAAAAAUGAUGACAGAUAUUCAUGCCAAAAUUAGUCAACAUCAGUCAAGCAUUGAUACACAUUUGAGCGAAGACACAAACCCAGCGGAAGGGCCGACAGCAUCAAAGAAAGCAGCUACUGAUCGCACAGUUUUAGCGGAUAAAAAGAAACCCAUCGUCAAGGACAAAAAGAGAACGUUGAAGAGGUUAUGAGCAUCUUGUACAGAACUGCCUUUUUCUUCCUUUCUUCUGCUCGUUCUUGCACCGAUUUCAAAGUAUCCGUAGUCUUUCUCAGCGAUAAACUCGUAAAUCCCAUCCCUUUGAAUUGUUUCGUUCCCGCACUUCUAUGCAGUGCGCGUUAUUUAACGAGCAAAAUCUAUCAUUGUCUAGUUUUACACUCACAGAUAGGAGGAAGAGUGUUGAUUCAGUUUUCCUUUUCUUCCUUUAAUUUUAUGCCAAUGUCUUUUUUUUUUCGUGUGUGAGGUCGAAGGAAAUAUACAAAUUUGCUGAUAAAAA